ACCACGCAUAAGCAACCGGGUCUGUGCAAAACAAGCCCGCGAUGCUUCGCGCUACCCUGGCUUUGGUUUGCUGCGCUUGCUGCUUUCUGCCCAGCUGGGCAGACUCGUUUCUGGAGUUUCAUAGUGCAGAUGGAGAGCGGGAGCUCAUUCCAGUGAGCCCACAGCAUCCAGCACCUCUGUGCUUGCGGCAGUUCGAGCAGCCUCCAUAUUAUGCUUGGCCAGUGAUUCAGGUCUACCUGCUCUUGAGGCUGGACGGCAAGGAAUCCAACUCGACAUCGGUCUUGUCAUGGAUACCCUGGGUGGGACAGCCAUCAAGAUUGCAGAUACAAGUGAAGAAAGGGCCUCCAAGAUGGUUUUGCAGACUUGGUCAGUCAUGGCUUGCAGCAGUGCUCCCGAGCAUGUGCAAGGACUGCACCCAGCGAUGUGCUGUGAAGCCCAUCCAAUGGGCUGACAACUUGGCAGUGCCAAUUCCAUCAUCUGGAGGAUGUGUCUAUAUCAGCAAGUUUCCUCCGAACGUGGACCGGGUGCAUGCCUCUUGGUACCUGCAUUUGGACCUUUCUGUGUUCAUUUUCCUGCUUCUGGGCAUAGUAUUUGUCUUCGCCUGGAAGCCUUUGCGAGAAAGCGUAGCAUUUCACGCUGGCUUAGGAGGAGUUGGUUCAUUGAUUUUCAUCACGCUGAUGGUGCUGCUUUGGCUGUCAAGGAGUGUGCGGGGCACUCUUCAUGGCAGUGUGCCAUUUGGUCGUUCAUUAACGACUCUUCUAGCUGGAGCACUGGCGUUUAUUCCUGCAGCUCGAAAUGCGUUGUUGGCUUGGACAUUGAGGUGGCUUCCUGCUCCCAACUGGCAGUCUUGGCUUGGUCUAAAGGACCCAAUCUUCGAUUUGCCAAUAGGUUGGCUGGCCUUUCUCCUGGUCAUUGUCAGCUGCCUCGUGCUAGUACACCUAGGUGCCAAGCUCAGUGUCCGGUACUUCGCUGCAUCGCCUGAGCCUGAAGGGGACAUUGACUUCAUCAUCGGCGGAGAUGGCCGCAGGGUAGACUUACUGCCACCAGUGCCUGUCUCGCAGAGGAUGCUUGGAUGGGGAAUCUGGCUCCUGGGUGUCAGCUUCCUCCUUUGCAGUACACAUUCUGACACGUGCUCGCUGCUUAUCACGCUAGUUGUUCUCUUCAAGGAUUACAUCGAGCAUGUGGUACGCAUGUGGAUGAUGUGGAGAAGUGUUGAUGUGCAACCCAAGGAUAUCCGCAGCCUCAUCUCUAGCGAUGAGAUGCAUUCACAGGCCUCCGCCACAACCAAAGCUGCGCUGGCCCAACUACAGCAAUAUGUCAAGGAACAUCCGCGAGCGGUGCUCCAAGUGCGAGAGGACUCCGAGCUGAAACUGCGUCGUUUCAGAGAGGAUGGGGCCCACUUCAGACAGCCUUUGAUAUCGGUCUCGGAGAAUUCCUCGUCCUUGUGCUUAGUUCAGUAGUGGCUCAGAAGUGUGGUGGGAUGAACGCGAAGCUUCACCAGGACGAGCCCGAGAAACAGUGGGCAGCUUGCUUGGUCGUUCAAGGAUGUUCAAGGCUCAAGGCAACUUUGCAUUACGGAUGCUUAGGAGGCUCAUUGUCGAAGCACUCCUUCAUAGUAUGAUUCAUAUCAUACUGUCCUUCAAUUAGAUGUUGAAUUACCCACAAAGUGGAAGAGGGUAGAACAUCUCGAGCUCGCUUUUGUGAUUAGAUGACACCAGGGGGUCCAGUGGUAUCCAGUCGCUUGGCCCCAGGGAAGUUGCCAACUUCUAGCGAAAAUUAGGAAUUUUGGCACUCCGUUGCAGCCGCUCCACGGGUUCAGCAUGAGAUUGUUCAAAAGAGCAGCUGACUAGGUACCGUCACUGAGUGCAACAAAAAGUACCGAUAUUGGUUGUUCGAUCACCGUGGCUGCCGAACCUUGUACAGCUGGCAAGUGGCUCAACGUUUCGCUGGACGGACCUCUGAACAGCGAAGGAAAACAAGGCAUCGCUCGUCGCACACACUUUUGCCUCCCUUUCGAACAUGAAAACAUCGAUCCGAUGGCUUGGGUUUGCUUCUGACAGCAAAUUGAGCGUUUGCUUGCAGCGGGCGAUGGACUACCCAACAUAUAACACUCUCUGGAGAUGACUGGCGUUUGCUGGCUUUUCAGCUUGGUUUCACCUGAAU